AUGGCCCAAGCAGCAGUUGUUGCAAAGCAAGGGUUAACAAUAAUGAAGCAGAUUGUCAAACAGAUGGCCUAUUUCUAUGGUCAGGUAGUACAUACAAUGAAGACUAACAUAAUUUUACGACCAAUGUACAAGUGGUGGGAAGGAAGAUUUUGGCUCAAAGAAGAAUCAUGUUAUGUAAACCGUGGUCGCGCUAGAUUGUACACGUAUCUAUUGCUAUUCUUGCUUAUUCGAUCGCGAAGUGCAAAAAAGGCAGCUGAAACUGAAGCACUGAAAGAGAAAAGUAAGGAGCAGAUCGUUGCAACAGCUUUGCGGUGCAGUGCACGAUCUUAA